UUACAUGAUUCAAUAAAAUAUAUUAUAGAGGUUAUAUUAUCAAAUGCCCAAUAUUCUGAAAAUGUAGCUAUAACAACGCAACUUAGGUGCACUGAAAACAAACCAUCCGGAGAAGUGAUAAUGCUUGCUCGGGGGAGUUGGAUAAAGGAUUUCCAAAUCAAUGAUUUUAAAAGAAAGGUUAUGUCAAAAACAAAUACUGAAAUCCAUAUUUACAGUGUUGAUAAAACGAUCAAUAUGUUACCAAUAUAUCAUAAGCCUGACGCAGUAACUAAUACACAUAAUGCUGAAAUGUUUCAGGACUUCAAAGAAUUUGAUACGAUAUAUCAAGGACUUGUGUUAAAAAUUAAUUUAAGUGCAGAUGAAAAGAACUAUCUAAUUAAAAAUUUGGAGAACACCGUGUCAAAUUUACAUCAAACAGCUGUCGUAUGUUCUAGGUAA